CCAUCCACCCCGCACCUGCACACACACACACACACACACUCACCCGACUCCUCCACCUCGCACACCUUCCCUUCCAUCUGCACACGCACCCCCUGGUCUGGCCGGAUGAGUUACCACCCGGUGGACACGGUAGGGAGUCCAUUCAGGAGAAGCAUGGAUAGUAGGACCAGCUACGGCCGCUCCUCCGGAACCCCCUCCAGCGGGUUCCGUUCUCAGUCCUGGUCCCGGUCAAGCCCUAACAAGCCCUACAAGAGGAGCGUCAAUUUGCCGGUAGCCAGAGCGUACAGCUCCACACUCCUCAGCUCCGCCGACAGCGUUGAUUUCAGUCAAACGAACGGAGACUACAAGCGCUCCAACGAGAAAGAGCAGCUCCAGGGGCUCAACGACCGUUUCGCCGGUUACAUCGACAAGGUGCACUAUCUGGAGCAGCAGAACAGCCAGAUCGAGGAGGAGAUCCAGGCGCUGCGGCAGAAGCAGGUGUCACAGUCCCAGUUAGGCGAUUUAUAUGACCAGGAGCUCCAGGAGCUGCGCUCCAUGCUGGAGCAGAUCCACCACGAUAAGUCGCAGAUCCAGCUCGACACGGACCACAUCGAGGAGGACAUCCAGAGAAUUAGGGACCGCUUCGAUGAGGAAGCUCGCAUCAGGGAUGAGACGGAAGGCAUCAUCCGGGCGCUCAAAAAAGAUAUGAAUGACUCGGAGUUAGUGAAGUCGGAGUUGGAGAAGAAAGUCCAGUCACUGCAGGAUGAGAUUGCCUUUAUCCGUAACAACCAUGAGGAAGAGGUGAGCGAGCUGUUUUCCCAGGUGCAGGCGUCGCAGGUGACCAUGGAGAGGAAAGACUUCCAGAAGACGGACAUCACCAAGGCGCUCCGGGAGAUCCGCACCCAGCUCGAGGGCCACUCCAACCAGAACCUGCAGCAGGUGGAGAACUGGUUCAUGUGCCGCUAUUCCAAGCUCACUGAUGCUGCAGAACAAAACAAAGAUGCAAUCAAGUCCGCCCGUGAUGAGAUUUCCGACUACCGCCGCCAGCUCCAGUCCAAGACCGUGGAGUUAGAGUCCGUCCGUGGAACCAGGGAGUCACUGGAGAGGCAGCUGAAUGACAUCGAGGACAGACACAACAAUGACCUGUCCAGCCUGCAGGUAUGAUGAGACCCGCUGUUGGCAUUGUUUUCAUACAGAAACCUGUGGUCUGUAAAGUUGUAUUCUUUGUGUAAAUAGAGAAGCAAUGUAGUGGAGAGAGUUGGCUAAAUAAUAUAAUCAGAUGUUUUUCGUUUAUCAUAUAGGCUAUCAAAUUGUGACAGAGUCGUGUGAGGAUAUUAUCACCAUACCUUUGAGGUUUUUAUUCUUAUUGUAAAUGUAGGUCUACCUAUAAGUAGAGUUCCCUACUUUGAGAAAGAAACAUACACAUAUUAUAUUUGUCUUGAUUUUACACUAACUGAAUGGUUUUAUUGUGUUAAUAUUGAUAUAUGUGUUUUAUCUGGGCUAUAAACUCUGCGCAAUGGUGUUGUCUGCGUAUUUGCUUUAGAUAAAUGGCACAAUGCUGACAUCUUCUGGUAUGGGCACAGCUUUUACAUCUCCCGUCCUUGUUGAAGCUUUAGGCUUCUUAUAAACUGCGACAAAUGGUGCAAGUCAGGAUUAUUUAAGGGAAGACACAAUGCAGCAAACGUUUUUUUUUUGCCGAGUCAGAGACGCGGGUCGAUGCGUUCAUUGGCUGUGUCCUUGCCUCACCCCAAACAGAUUUCGAGGAGGACUAUUGAACAAGUGUGAAGAGGCUGCCCUCGAAACAGUAUACACUGCGUCAGAAUAAAUUAUUUCACAGAACAAUAAUAGCCUAACCAUUGGCGCAGAACGGUCUCCAACAUAUCCAUUUAUUUUCCCUUUUACAAGGAGACAGGAUGACUUCACACUUUCAAUUGUUAUAGCAACGAUAUUGUAAUGCAAUCUUAAAGUGCGUUAAUGUGUUGUAAAUGUACACACGUUUAAAUGUCCUUGUGAUAUAGCCUAAUUACCAGGAACAAAAUACAAAAUUGUAUUUUUUUUAUAGUUUAGUAUUACUUUAAGAGGGUUGGGUCCUUUUGGAGACCUGUCCUCCCUGCACCAAAAAUAGAUAACCAAGUAUUAUUUCAGAGUACCACAUAGGCCUAGGUAAUAACAGCUCCUAACCAGCUCAUGUCUCUUGGUCUUGGUUUCUGCAGGAGACCAUCCACCAGCUGGAUAAUGAGCUCAAGGGCACGAAGUGGGAGAUGGCGCGUCAUCUGCGCGAGUACCAGGACCUGCUCAAUGUCAAGAUGGCCCUUGACAUCGAGAUUGCUGCAUACAGGUACAGUGCAACGACAGUGUGCUAAUUAGGCCUAUCAUUGAUAAAAAAAUAAAAAUACAAUUAAAAAACACCUCGAAAAAAGAUUUGUACUCAUUAAGGAACAAAACAAUUGUAUUUCAUCAUGUGUAAUAAAAAAUAAACAUCUAAUUUCUACACUUAACAAAAAUAUAAAUGCAACAUGUGUUGGUCCCAUGUUUCAUAGCUGAAAUAAAAAUUCCCAGAAAUUGUCCAUAUGCACAAAAAGCUUAUUUCUCUAAAAUGUUGUAGAUACAUUUGUUUACAUCCCUGUUCAUUAUUGUGGUGCUGAGGAGUAUUUCUGUCUGUAAUGAAGCCCUUUUGUGGGGAAAAACACAUUCUGAUUGGCUGGGCCUGGCGCCCUAGUGGGUAGGCCUGGCUGCCAAGCGGGUGGGUCUUUACGCUCCCAGGCCCACCGUUGGUUGCACCCUUGCCCAGUCAAGUGAAAUCCAUAGAUCAGGACCUAAUUUAUUUAUUUCAAUUGACUGAUUUCCUUAUAUGAACUGUUACUCAGUAAAAUCUUUGAAAUUGUUUAAUGUUGUGUUUAUAUUUUUGUUCACUAUAUAUAGACCCUAACUUUUAUAUUAGGCCUACACUAUACUAUAUCUCAUUUUCUACUGUUCUUGCAGGAAACUCCUAGAAGGCGAAGAGACCCACUUUAGCACUUUCCCUUACCGCCAAGCUGUAACCUCCUCUAAGAAGUCCAAGUCUGGGCCUCCCAAACUGAAGGUCCAGCACAAGUUUGUAGAGGAGAUCAUUGAGGAGAUCAGGGUUGAGGAUGAGAAGUCUGAGAUUGACGUGGCCCUGGCAGAGAUUGCCCAGGAGCUGUCUGCCGCACUGGAGGCAGAGGCAGAGGCAGCAGAUGACAGAGAGGAGGAAGGAGAGGAUAAGGGAGAAGAGGAAGGAGAAGAAGCAGAGGGACAUGGAGAAGAGGUAGAGGGUGACUCAGAAGAGGUUGUGGCCUCCACUGAAGCCCAAGUGAGCUCCAGCGCCCCUGCUGAGGAGGAAGAGGAGGACAAAAAGGAUGGCGAUGAAGAUGAAGAUGGAGGAGAGGGUGCUGAGGAAGGAGAGAAAGAAGAAGAGGGUGAGAAAGUAGGAAAGGAUGAGGGUGAGAAGGGAGAUGAUGCAGAAGGUGGUGUUGAGGGAGAAGGAGCGGAAGAGGGAGAGGAGGAAGUAGAGGAGACAGCCCCAGAAUCAAAGGCCUCUCCUGACAAAGAGAAGGCUGGAGAGAAGGAGGGAAGCGGAGGAGAAGAGGAGACAGCAGAGGGAGAGGGAGAAGAGGAGGGUGGUGAUAAAGAUGAAGUUGCAGGUAGUGACAAAGGAUCCAAAGAUGGAGAUGAUAAGGAUGAGAAAGAUGAGAAGAAAGGCAAGGAUGAGAAAGAGGACAAAACAGAUGAGGCAGCUGUAGCCAAGACAGAGGCUCCCAAAACAGAUGCCCCCAAGAGUGAGGCCCCAAAAGCUGAGGUCCAGAAAUCUGAGGCCCCAAAGGUCUCCAAGCCAGACUCCCUGAAAGCUGAAUCCCCAAAGGCUGGGUCCCCUAAGUCUGAGUCACCAAAAGCUGGAUCCCCCAAACAUGAAUCCCCGAAAGCUGGUUCCCCUAAAUCUGAAUCCCCAAAACCCGGCUCCCCCAAAUCUGAAACUCCCAAACCUGCUGGAUCCCCCAAAUCUGAAUCCCCCAAGCCUGCUGGUUCCCCCACAUUUGAAUCACCCAAACCUGCUGGUUCCCCCAAAUCUGAAUCCCCCAAACCUGCAGGGUCCCCCAAAUCUGAAUCCCCCAAACCUGCAGGGUCCCCCAAAUCUGAAUCCCCCAAAGCAGAGUCCCCUAAGGAUGAUGCUCCCAAACCAGAAGCUCCAAAGUCAGAGGCCCCCAAGGCUGCAGAAGAGAAAGUAGACAAAAAGAGUGAUUCAGAGGAAGAGAAGGUAGAAAAGAAAGAUGCAGCUAUGAGCGGAGAUGUGGAAAAGAGUGCCCCAGAGGACAAAAAGGACGAUGGGAAGAAAGAGGAGACGGAUGUGAUCUCAAAUGGAGUGGACGAGAGCCCCACCAAAGAUGACCCCAACCAGAAAGAUGACCCCAACCAGAAGGUGGUCAUCACCAAAACGGUGGAGACCAUCACCACUGGAGAGGACGGAGCCAAGCAUGUCACUAAAUCAGUCACUGUCACCGAGACUGUGAAGGAGUCUGAGGAUGUGAUGCAGGAGAAGAUGAUGUCCAGCAAGAAGAUGGAGAAACAUUCUUCCCAGUCUGUCAAGGUGGUGACCGAAACCGAG